GGGCUGACGGCCGCGCAGCAGAGCAAGUAUUGGAAGGAGUGCAUCGCCAGGCAGAGCUACACCUACCCCAACCAUGGCGAGCGCGAGUGCAGGAUGUCGCAGACUGCUUCGUCGACAAGCUUCAAGCCCAGCAGGAGCACUCACCUUGUCGACAUGGCGCGAUCGGGUUACACAGGUUUCGUGCCCUCGAAGCAGUGCGAGAAUAUCCACGGCCAGACUUAUCAGGAGAUGAAGUCCACGGCUCGUCGCCUCGCCAAGGAAAGGUCAAGCGGGGAGCAGUUGCGGCGCGUGGCCAGCGGCCUCGUGCCAAAGUCCCCCGCGCAACGCAGCGCCUCGGAGCCCACGCUGUCCAGCACUGUCGGCUUCGAGAGCUCCUCGCCGUCCAUCUUCCAGAACCCGCAGGGCACCACGACGAUGCGCGCGGGCGCGGCCAUUCCCGGCUACGCCGGCUUCAUCCCCGGCAGGGUGGCGGGCGGCGUCCACGGCAAGCGCACCGUGGAGGCCAAUUUGCAG